ACCUGGGUAAAUUAAGACAUGUCACAUAACAUAAAUACCGGGUGUAUUGGAUCUUGUUAUCAUCAGUUGCAUUUUCUCUGUCAGUACCACUCCUGUACCUGGCAUCAUGUGCAUUUUGAGACUGACGGUGGUCACAUUGCUGGCUACAGCUUGCUGCACACUAACAGAUGGAGCAAUCAGCAUCACGUGUGAAGGCUCUGAUGCUUUACUGCAAUGUGAUGGAGGUAAGAUCCAUAUCAAGCGUGCGAACUACGGUCGUCGUCAACACGAUGUGUGUUCUAUUGGGCGCCCUGAUCACCAACUCACCGACACCAACUGCCUCAGCCAAUCCUCCACCAGCAAGAUGGCAGAAAGAUGCGGUGGGAAGAGCGAGUGUAUUGUCCCUGCAUCCAAUUUCGUUUUUGGAGACCCCUGUGUCGGGACUUAUAAGUACCUGGACACCAAAUACUCCUGUGUCCAACAGCAUGAAACAAUAAGCAGCAUCAUAUGUGAAGGCUCUGAUUCUCAACUACUAUGUGAUCGAGGUGAGAUCCGUAUUCAGCGUGCCAACUAUGGUCGUCGUCAACACGAUGUGUGUUCCAUUGGGCGCCCACAUAAACAACUCAAAAACACCAACUGCCUCAGCCAAUCCACCACCAGCAUAAUGGCAGAAAGGUGUGAUGGAAAGCGCCAGUGUAUCGUCAAGGUAUCCAACUCUGUGUUCGGUGACCCCUGUGUCGGAACCUAUAAGUACUUGGAUGUGGCUUACACCUGUGACGAUAUCUUCCUGGGGAGCCUGAAGAUGUACAAGGCUUCAGGGAUAUCUUCAUCAGAAAUACCGGGUGUAUUGGAUCUUGUUAUCAUCAGUUGCAUUUUCUCUGUCAGUACCACUCCUGUACCUGGCAUCAUGUGCAUUUUGAGACUGACGGUGGUCACAUUGCUGGCUACAGCUUGCUGCACACUAACAGAUGGAGCAAUCAGCAUCACGUGUGAAGGCUCUGAUGCUUUACUGCAAUGUGAUGGAGGUAAGAUCCAUAUCAAGCGUGCGAACUACGGUCGUCGUCAACACGAUGUGUGUUCUAUUGGGCGCCCUGAUCACCAACUCACCGACACCAACUGCCUCAGCCAAUCCUCCACCAGCAAGAUGGCAGAAAGAUGCGGUGGGAAGAGCGAGUGUAUUGUCCCUGCAUCCAAUUUCGUUUUUGGAGACCCCUGUGUCGGGACUUAUAAGUACCUGGACACCAAAUACUCCUGUGUCCAACAGCAUGAAACAAUAAGCAGCAUCAUAUGUGAAGGCUCUGAUUCUCAACUACUAUGUGAUCGAGGUGAGAUCCGUAUUCAGCGUGCCAACUAUGGUCGUCGUCAACACGAUGUGUGUUCCAUUGGGCGCCCACAUAAACAACUCAAAAACACCAACUGCCACAGCCAAUCCACCACCAGCAUAAUGGCAGAAAGGUGUGAUGGAAAGCGCCAGUGUAUCGUCAAGGUAUCCAACUCUGUGUUCGGUGACCCCUGUGUCGGAACCUAUAAGUACUUGGAUGUGGCUUACACCUGUGACUGAAUGAUAUCUUCCUGGGGAGCCUGAAGAUGUACAAGGCUUCAGGGAUAUCUUCAUCAGGUUGUGCUGUUUUCCUCCAACCUCCAAAUCAACUUCAAUGACCAUUGUAAACCUGUGUAGAUUGUUUAAGAAAUGCUUCAACACCAUUUCUGAACUGUGGUUGUUGGUCUGAAUUAAAUGAAGCGGCAGGAAGACGAUACUAGUUGCCUCUUGUACAUUAAUAAAUGUCACACCAAUAUUACU